AUGACAAAAGCAUGCAUUAACCAUCCAUUACUUAGCAAUCCUGUAAAAUGGUUAAGAAAUAACAAAUAUCACUCACCUGAGUUUUAUACUAAAUCAUAUUAUGAUACUAAUUCAAUUAACUCAAAUCCCUUUGCUCAAGCACUAACAGAGACUAGAAUGGAUGGUUCAAGAAUCCGAUAUCCUAAAGGUCAAAUGGUACAAAUAGUGGUGGAUUCAUAUCAAGAAUCAAGUUCCAUAGGUACUUCAGAAUCUUCUGAAGAUAAGAACUAUUUUCUUAUGCCGUUGAUUAAUAAACCAGAACAAAACUCGGCACUUUUUCCAUCGCAUUACAUAUUGAAAAAUCAGCAUUACAUUGAUUAUAUUGUGAAAACAAAUCAAUGGAGGAGGUACGUGCCUCAGAAAUUCAGGUUCAAAAAUGACAAAGUCCUAGGGGCCAAAGUUAACAUCCUACCAGAUAUUACUAAGACUAUUCCUCACAUUUAUGAACGAAAUAUCCUCAAGCUAAUGCCAGAGACGAGAACUACUGAUUAUAAAAAAGGCCAGGCUCAGGAAAAUGGUCUUGUUUUAACUUUUUCCGGAACUUCAAAUGAACCAGCUAUCUCCUUUGAUAAUAAUCUUCCUAUAAUUAACAUGAAUAGGAUUAUAUCAAACAAGAACGAAAUAAAAUCCCAAAACGGAGAGUUAUUUGUUUCUUUCGAUGAAAAUGCUGAUUUGUGUUUUAACCUAUUUUCAUUAGCAGAUUAUUAUAGCUGA